CCGCCGUGCCGCCUCCUUGCUCCGCCCCGCCAUGGCGGCCGGGCUCGGGGCUCUCCUCAGGGCGUCGCGGCGGCUGCUGGCUGCGGCCGGGGCCGGGCCCGGGGCCGUUCGUGCCGCGCACGGCCCCGCUCCGCCCCGCGCCAAGAAGCGGUGGCUCCGCGCCUACCUGGAGCAGCAGCGCCUGGAGGCGCCCCCGCGGCGGCGGUCCGAGCAGCCCGGCUGGGAUUACCACGCGGAGAUCCAAGCCUUCAGCCGCCGCCUCCAGGAGGAUUUUUCCUUGGACCUCCUCAAAACCGCCUUCGUCAACCCCUGCUACGUGCAGAGCGAGGAGGCGAGGCGCCGGCAGCUGGGGCUGGAGGCGGGGGCGGCUGCCCUCGCCCUGCGGGACAACGGCGAGCUGUGUGCGCGGGGGCUGCCCUUCGCCCGCUCCCAGCUGGGGCGCUGCCUGCAGGCCGCCCACCCGGCCCUGCCCGCCCCGGGCACGGCGGCGCUCGUCGCCUUCCUGACGGGCCCGGAGCUGGUCGCCGAGGUGUCCCGGGGCCUGGCGCUGCAGGACCUGGCGCUGUGCGCGCAGUUCCCCGUCCCGCCGCCCGUGCUGCACAGGACCUUCUUCGCCGUCGUCGGAGCGCUGCUCGGCAGCAGCGGGCCCGAGAGAACGGGCAUCUUCCUCAGGGAUUUUUUAAUGCCCCAUCUGAUUGGAAAAGAUCUGUUUGAGAUCUGGGAAGUUGUAAAUCCCAUGGGCUUACUAGUGGAAGAGUUGACCAAGAGGAACAUCUCUUCUCCAGAGCCAAGAAUUACAAGGCAGCUGGGAGUCACCACAGUUCUUCCUCUGUACUUCGUUGGGCUGUACUGUGAUAAGAAGAUGAUCGCUGAAGGCCCUGGUGAAACGCUGCUUGCGGCAGAGGAAGAAGCUGCCCGCGUGGCGCUGCGGAAGCUGUAUGGGUAUACAGAGAACAGGAGACCUUGGGAUUACUCGAAACCCAAACAAGGGUGGACAGCUGAAAAGGCUAUCAGCAGUAACUAGAUAAUACAGGCCGCUUCUAGUUUCUCUCAAGAAUUAGUGGCUUUCAUGCAAAUAUGGAUGCAUUUCAGAAAGCAAAAUUCGGUUCAGUUUUUUGUCUUAAGUGUAUGCAAUUUUCAAAUUAAAUACGGUUUUAAAAUGAAUGUAAUCUUUCCCUUUUACAUAAAGCUUAAUAUUCAGUCAUUUUCCUGAACAACAAAAGUACAUUUUUUAUGAAUGUAUGCAUUCUGUCUGAGAAGUUUUUCCAUACAACAUGGGAGACUGUUCUUAAGGAUGUUUAAUAAUGUGACAAAGUCCUUGCUCUUGAGGAACUUUGCUACGUAGAGAAAGGUUUUAUGUGAGCUCUCUUGGGGCUUUGAUUGAGGGUGUCGUUAAUAAGAUGAGGUGAAUUAGAUAUGCAGCAUUGGGCUUUGGGUUCUAUCUGGAUUUAUUUGUCCUUGACCUUGUGAAAAUGUAAAAUGCGAUGUCAGUGGUAUUAACACUGGUGGUCCAAUUAAAAAAGGAAAUGGCACUUUUGAGGUCUUA